AUGCACCGUUUCGCUGCAUUCAUGGCUCACAUGCCGGCAUUGAAUGUGCUACUGGAUGGACUACAGCGUCGUCGGCCAGCGGGUGUAAGUGCGCUGUGUGACAUACUCGAAGGUCGUGUCGCUGGAGCGGUAGGAUCACGUCCGCCGGCAAACUCUCCAGUUGUCGCUGAACUGAGUCUGAUCUGUCCGGUCUUUCGUACACGAAUGCGAGUUCCCGGUCGUAUCACUGGCUGCGAACACAUUGAGGCUUUCGAUAUGGAAGCGUUCCUUCGACGUGAAGUCCUCUGGCCUCGGCUCAAUUGUCCCAUAUGCGGACACAAGAGCCCCGCUGGCCUAGAUGGAUUGUGCAUCGACACGACCAUUUUGAAUGCCCUCCAUCUUGUACAUCCGUCGAUCGACAACAUUUUGGUACGCUCAGAUGGUUAUUGGCGAUUACCACCGCCAAUUUGUCUGGAUUUACCACCUGAUGUUGAUCAGUGGCAACCACUCAUAGGACCACUGACCGAGGUUGCAACUCAGGCAUUUCAAUCCUUGUUGCGGGGAUCAAUUCUGCGAGGACCGAUAUCAGUUAUUCAUUCGCAAAUGUCGCAUCCGUCGCAGCAGCAGCAGCAACAACAACACGUUUUGAGUUCCGAUAACAUUAACUCAACUGACGGAUCAAGCAGAAACCAGAUGGGUCCCCAAAAGUCAACGUCGUUGACACGAACGACCAGAACAAACAGUACAGCUUCGUCUUCCGGUGCACAGACUCCUUCUCUCACUCCGGGCAAAGAAAUAAUCGGUUCACCUCAAUGGUCUUCGUCCGGUCAUACAUCUGGAUCGCAGCCCAAUCAGGCAUUCUUUUUCUCAUCCGCAACAGCCCCUUCCGGGACAUUAGAUAAGACCGAAUAUAGUGCUGGAAAAAUCUCCCCGUUAGUCAUCCACGAGACUGAUUUUGGUCCCGGAUUUCGGUGUCAUUUUGUCCGUCGAGAACGGAGUCUUCUCUGUUCUGUUCAUGAAUUGUCCAACAAUGUUACAUCGCGUUCAUGCUACGGCGUUCCCGGGAAGCUACGCGCCCUGCGCUCUUCUAGUGGCUGCGGUGACAAAUGA